CCCGAAGGGCUGAACGAGAGAGGAUAAAGAAAAUGAAGAAUGUCUCACCUCGAAGGAACGAGGAACCGUUGAAGAUUCCCUUACAACAAGAGCCUCGGGGCAGACGAGAAAAAGACUAUGAGAAAACCAUCGAGAUGAAUAUGUGGAGAAAGAUCGAAUGUGCAAAUGACAAGAAAGAUAUAUCAUGCGGACCUUCUACGAAAAUGAAUACUGACAUUAAUGCAGGAACAACGCAAGAGGUGAUUCCGGGAGAAAUUUGGGUGCCGAGUAUCAGGUUUGAGGAGGACCCAGACCCGAAUGAUAGUCUGACGGUUGGGAUUUCGAGUAUUCGGUUCGAGAGUUGCGAGGAGGAUUUUGAUGCAGCUCUACUAGUGUGCGCUAAGAAAGUGAGUGAUGAAUCGGAUGAAAAUGAAGCCGAUAAUACUAGCCUUGAUAAUAAAGUCUCGCCGAGGGGCGAAGGACCGAAGGUUAUUCAGGAAACAUGGGUAGAUCAAACCACGAUGCUGGAAGUGAUAUCAAAGAUUGAGGAAUGCGGGCGUUUGAAAAAGAUUGGCGAUACUCUUAGCAAGGGGGCAGGCGAUUCGGACACAAGCUAUGAGGUUGCCCCAGCGUUUAAGUCUAUUGAGUCAUAUAUCAGCUACGGGAAGGCUCAACUUUUUGAGACCGUCGAGUCAGACAUCGGCUAUGGGCUGACACAAUUGUUUGGGGCCAUCGAACAUGAUGACGAGACAUUGACGACUAUGACUUGGCUCAACUCUUUGAGGCCUCCAAACCGGCUAUCGACUAUGGGCUUACCCAACUGUUUGAGACCGUCGAUACGUAUGAAAACGAUGUUGUGAAUUCUCUCAAGACAACAAUGGGCCGUAAUCUAGCAACUACGAAAGAUAUCGAGCGCUCCCGAAUGAAUCAACGCAAGUUAAUAAG